GUCGGUCCUCAGAAUCUCCCAGUCACCUCUUCGAGUCUGUACGGGGACCAGCGCGUGGAUUUGUCUCGAUCGUGUACACCUCGACAUUUUCCCGCUCCCGGUGCGCAACCACGAUCGCGUGGAUCGAUCGAUCCAGGAUGAUGACGGGGAUACACAUCGAGGACGCGGACGAUUGACAGAUCGGGUGGUGAGGAUGUUUUCCUGUGAUUGGUGGUGAAACACAGCGACACUGAUUGUGUAGAAAAAUGGCUUUGACCGUUGUAACCUCGGCCCGCGUUUUCAACGGAAACGUGGGGACGCAGGCCUACGUUUCCGGUUCGACAGGCUCGAAGUGUCUUUGCUGCCCUUACGGCUACCACAUCGACCUGGACUUCGUGCGAUAUUGCGAGGCGGUUGCAGCAGGAAGUGCCGGCGACAGGUCUAGCAUCGAAAGACGAAAGAAAAGAGAACGUCGAAGGCAAUGUCAGUCGAUGGAGGUUCUCCUGGGUCUGGUGAGUCCAGCCCUCGUCGGAAUAGAGGCCGAAUUACCGAAAAUACCACAGGAACCUGCUACAACGAAUGGCGUGACGACUCUGCCGAGGUCGACCCACGAUAAGCAAGAGUGCACGCAAGUAUCAACGGCUCUCGACCUCAGCGACGUGGUGGGCGAUUUCGAAGCGACCUUGAAACGUUCCUCCAAAUCCACCAAGACUUUCGAUAAAGAAGAUCGCACAGAGAACGAUGGAACGAACACGGCCACACCAGCGCAGAACAACGCGCAAACGGAACACGCCGGGGGUGAUUUUGAUAACGCGAGCGUCGGAAGCGGAAAUUCGAAUCUCAGCACUGGCGCGCUACAGAACAUCAGAGAACAAAUGGCAGCGUCGUUGGAACGGAUGCGGGAGUUGGAGGAACAGGUCAAGGCAAUUCCCAUGUUACAGGUGCAAGUGUCGGUGCUGAAAGAGGAGAAGCGGAAUCUGCUGCGACAAGUGGACGAGCUGAGCAAAACGAAACAGUACGACGAUAGCGUAUUGCACAGGCAUCGCAGCCAGUCUUUCUCGGAACAACGCGACUCCCAGCGAAAUCUGAGGAACACGGCCACUCCAAUGAGAGACAUGGGAACGAUGUGCGGCGUAAUGACACGGGACGUCGGUGUUUCGCACCAGCAGGUUCGAACCCGAGACGUCGGCAUGAUAACGAGCACCCCGAUAAAACGAUCUUUGCAAAAGAGUCGAUUGCAAAUCGAAGAAAUCGUACCUGAAAUUAAAGACCAGAGCACAUUGUUCGACGAUCGAACAUCGUCGAGUCUUGAUAAGCUCUACUCGAGCGAUUCCCACGACAGUUGGAGAUCGACUUUAACCCGUAACCAUCGACUGUAUGAAGAUAUAACGUCGGAGGAAAAAAUGAGGAAUCGUUUGAAGAGAAGCCCACUUCAGAUAGAAACGAUACCACCUACCAGCCCGAAAUUGGCCAGAGAUGUAAAGAAAUUUCGUGAUGUUGCAGUUAACACGAGGAACAAGUUAAAGGAUCUUGUAUACAGUCGAUUUGUGAUCGAGGAUAUAGCACCUGAAAUAAAGAAAGAAGCGAAGAAAAGAUCGUGUGGAACAUCGACAGGGUUAAAUAUGAAAGACGUUUUAACGAAAGAAGAUGUCGCGGUUAUCGUGGAUGAUGCUCUCAGGAUUUAUAAGAAUACGUUAAUUAAAGAUACAGUGUCUAGGGGUUGUCAGUGUACCCCAGAUCCGAUAAAAAUAAUCGAGAAGAAGGAUCAGUACAUACAGGUGGCGGAACCAUUUAAAAUGAGAACGAACGUAGGAGUCAUGGUAAAACCAAGGGUGUGUGAAAUUGGAAUCGAGGUUAGAACUGGUCCUGCAACGAGGACCAUCGCUGUUGGUUCCGAUCCAGUUGCUACUCAAUCGUUAUCUUUACAUUCGAUGAACUCGAGAAGUCAUUCGUUUAAUUACGGCGAUACUCAGCUAAAAAGAAAAACUACAAAAUCUGUUAGCGUUAUGGUAGAUGAUUUAGUGAGAACCACGGUAAAGAGCACCGACACUUCCGGUCUAGCGCCUAGAAAACGAGAGUUUGGUACUUCGCCGAUAAAAAAGAAAUUCACAGACGUCUCGGUCGGAGAAUCGAUCAAACCACACAUUUCUAUCUCAUGCGCUGCUAAUUAUUGUGAUAAUUGUAAGGAGACUAUAAAGAAUUUGGCGAAACAAAUUGUCAACAACGCGGAGAAUAAUAUGAAUCACCAGAACACGAAUCUCGUCUCGAGGAUACCGAGGCCGUCUCAAAUACCGUUGAACAACACGAUAGAUUACAGAAGACAAUUUAAACGACAGGAUACGUAUACGAAGAUACCUGCAGGUGUGAUUAGAUAUGAUUCCGAUAACAAGGAACAAUAUGACAACAAUAAUCGUAUCCAAUUGCAAGGAGAAAAAAGAAAAGAUGAUAAAUCAGAAGAAAUAUAUAAUACAGAAAAACAAGCAGAUAGUGAAGAAAAACACGAACUUCCAGAAUCUGCAUUGUUCCAACCUAUACAAGAAAAACCCAGGAAGAAAGUUGAACCAUCGAAAGAGAUGCAGGCCGCCAUGAAGGUUCUUAACGACAGCUUUAAAAAAUCUCCUAGUAAAAAUAUCUCUCAUCAAAUGAAAAAUGCUAUUAAUAUCAUCCAACAAGAAUGGUUCAAAGUUUCAAGCACAAUAAAUGCCAAUCCCUUAGAAGUUGAAGAUUAUCUAGAUUGUUUUGAAGAAUGUUCAAGUACUUUAUUGGAAUAUAUUGUUAAUAUGACUGACUCAAGUGGGAACACUGCAAUGCAUUAUGCAGUAUCUCAUGGAAAUUUUGAUGUUGUAUCUAUACUUCUUGAUUCAAAAGUUUGCGAUAUUAACAAAGCAAAUGUGGCCGGAUACACGGCUGUGAUGUUGGCAGCUCUUGCUGAAGUCAGAAAUUCCACUCAUGCUUCAGUGGCUAACAGAUUAUUCCAGCUUGCAGAUGUUAAUAUUCGAGCAAAAUUACAUGGUCAAACUGCCUUGAUGUUGGCAGUAUCUCAUGGUCGCAAAGACAUGACACAGUUACUUCUGGAUGCUGGAGCUGCAGUUAACAUUCAAGAUGAAGAUGGCAGUACAGCUUUAAUGUGUGCCGCGGAACAUGGGCACACGGACAUCGUACGAUUGUUACUUGCGCAUCCAGACUGUGAUCCAUCGAUCGUUGAUAUAGAUGGUAGUUCCGCUCUAAAAAUCGCGUUAGAAGCAGGCAAUCGAGAUAUCGGUGUAUUACUCUAUGCACACGAGCGCGUGAAUAGAGGAACAAGUCCAUAUUCGUCGAUGAGACGUAGUAGAAGAGGUUCCAAACCAACAACACCUACCGGCCCUUCCCCUUCAGCUCCAGUAAGCCCAGCUCCAUCCCGGCGAAUUCAUUCUUCAACAGUUUCCUUAAACACCUCAAAAUAUUCUGCUAAAUAAUUUACAAUAUUGGAAGACUUUUUUUUAUUGAUAUUUAACGUACUAGUAAAUAAUUUGAAUUAUAAUCGCAUCAUACAAAUAAGCAAUAAUGCAAUCGGCGUUCCGUGUUUCCUAUAUUUAUUGCUAACGUGUUUUAGUAUUUAUCGUCGAUUUAUAAUAUUUUAGGAUUUUAAUUUUUUAAGAUGAAACAAUCAUGUUCUUGCCUAAUCAUUCAUCAGUCUCAGCGCAAAUAUUUAAUUUAAGAUGUGUAUUUAACUGCUCAACUUUGUAUACAAUUAUUCAAAAAAAGUUUGAGGAUGUUUUGUAAAGUUAGUCCAUAGGAAAGGUAUCUGUGAAACGUGUUGUUUCACAGCGUUAGUAGAUAGGAGGGAUUUGUAUAAAAUUUGAAACUUCUUUCUAGGUGCUAUCAGAGUAAAAGAUGAAUCCAUUUUCAUUGUUAAUAAAUUUUAUACGAUGUCACGAUGACUAAAUGGUUAACUUCAAAAUUCAAUUUCUACAUUUUUAAAAACCAUGUGUGAAAGUACAAAAAAAUUUCUUAUAUAUAAAUACGAGCCCACACAGGGAAAGAAUUAAGUACGUAAUGUCUUCCAACAUCCUGUGGCAUUGAACAUUCCAAAAAUAAAAAAAGAACGAAUCAACAAACAAUCCGAAUUUCUUGUCGCAGAAAGCUUUUCUUAUAUCUACUCUAUAACAUAUUCUGUAACUGUCAGGCCUAAUUUCCGUUAAAUCCUGGGGAUCAAACUAUCAGUAGAAUAAUUGUGUACUGAUACACAUAGAGGAAAACGAUACAAUAUGUGUAAUGAUUAUAUGGUGCACAAAUACGAGAUUUCUAAUUCCUGUGACUAUAAUGUUGAAUUUAUAUACGGAGAAAUUUGUAGAACCUAUUGGUGAUCGUUCGAUGUUGAAGUAGAAAUGUUAUAGAUGUGAAAGUAUAAAUAUAGCAUCCGUACAUAACAACAAAAUAUCGGAGGGCAUGCGAGGAAAAUUUACUAAGUUUAAUAGUUGUUGAAAUUAUUUCAGGAUACAGUAUAUAUAUAUAUAUAUAUUAUAUAUUAUAUUAUAUAGAACAAAAUACAAAAGAUGUAAUUUCAUUUCAUUCCUCGUUUAUCUGUGUUACCCUCGUGUUAGGAAUUGGAUGUAUAAGAAUAAUCUUAACGUUGAACGUAUUCUUACAUAGGGUUGUGAAUAUCUAGAAAUAACGAACGUAUUUAAGUUCAACAUCAAAGAUUUAGGUUUAACGCUAUAAUGAGUAUUCCUAUCGUUAAGGAUUUAUAUUAACGUUAAGUGACGACUAUGUAUCAAAGAUAGUACUGAAUCAAGUAAUAGACUUGUAGGAAUCUAGAAAUUAGAUAACUACUUUUCAUUGUUUGUGCCUUUAUAUUUAACAUAAUAUUGUAAUUGAUAAUAAAAUCGAAAAGAAACAACAUAA